AUGUAUCAAUGCCAGCCCCCACCGCUAAGGAUAUGUAUCAACGUCAAAGCUGAACAUAACGUAGCAAAUUUUAAAGUCGUGGAUUGCUCUCUAGAGCCGAUAAAAAUUUUGGACUGUGCGCUAAAUCCAUGUCACAAUGAAGGAACCUACAUCGAGGAAUUCGAAGCUUUUGGAUACAAAUGCAAAUGUCUACAAGGAUUCACUGGUGAUCACUGUGACACAGGUUGGAUAAGCAAUGUUUCAUUCUUAUCAAUAAAUGAAUCUUAUUUGGCUUAUCUUCAUGAAUUCCUGGUCCCUGCCGUCGGAAAUAAUUCCCACUGGUUGCUAUGCUACCGCGCCUCUUUACAUGGCUGGAAAGGAAAGGACUUCCACACUCGUUGCGAUGGAAAGAAAUAUACCGUAACAGUUAUAAAGAAAAACCAGUAUGUUUUUGGAGGCUACACUGACGUUCCAUGGGCCGAUUGUCCUCCAGGAGCAAGAACAAAGGACCGGUCUGGUCGCUGUUGUGUAUUCCCUUUCAAGUAUAAAGGCCGUAUCUACAACAACUGUACAAAGAGUGGCUUUUUUAUUGGAAGGUGGUGCUCAUUCGAGGCUGUCUUCAAACGUGACUGGGCUUAUUGCGAUGAUGAUCCGUAUGAAGGAUAUCGUAAGACCGACAAGGCUUUCAUUUACUCGCUUGAAAAAGAAGGACUGGCGCCGUUCAAAAGUAUGGUGAAGCGUGGUUCCCAGGCGAUCUAUAUGGGGAUAAACUAUGUUCCAACAUUUGGCGGUGGUCACGAUAUUCAUAUUGCUAACAACGCAGGUCAUAAUGCUCAUUCGUACACCAACUUUGGUCACUCUUUCUUGGCUCCUAGUGAAGUAAAGGAAAAGGUUACAGUGUUAACUGGAACCUACUAUUUUACUCCCGAUGAAGUAGAGGUGUUUUAUCUCCCUUAG